CCUACAACACCGCAGUCUAAAGAUAGAUCCUUGUUAAUUCCAUGUCAGUCGACUGUUGUUCAGUUCAGGCUUGGUCAUCUCGUGCAUCUGCAAUUAAUAAUGAAUCAGAGUGAGAAAGCAUUGUGCACCAUUGGUAUAAAUAUAUGAGCUCGAGCUGUCCUUUCCUAGAAGUCUCGGACAACAGUUCGAACAACACCGCGGCGGAUCAUAAUUUCAGCUUUACUGCAAGACUAGAAACUCAGAACACCCUCAGCAUCACCAUGCCGUCCUUCCUCAUCACUGGAUCCAGCCGGGGCCUCGGGUUGGCCUUUGCUACUGAGCUGCUUAAAACCCCAGCCAACAAAGUGAUCGCAACAGCCAGAAAUACAGCUGGUUCGGCCGGUCUUCAGGCUCUUGCGACGAAAUACACCAAGAAUCGCCUCGUCCUGAUUGAUCUCGACGUCACCAAUCCCACCAGCAUCAAGAAUGCCGUGGUCGAGGCCGAAAAGCACCUGCCAGACGGCCUGGAUAACCUCAUCAGCAACGCCGGUAUUGCGACUGACCCGUUGGCCAGCUUCGAUAACCUCGACUUGGAUGACUUGAAAAAGGAGGUCGAGUUCAACACAACUACGCCUAUCAACAUCAUCCGGGGUUUCCUUCCGCUUAUCCGCAAGGGGAACGCCAAGAAAAUCCUAGUCGUAACUUCGCAGUUGGGAUCCAUCGAAAUCGGAUUCCACAUGGUAAACCUGUCCAACGCCUACUCUGUGGCUAAGGCCGCGCUGAAUAUGCUCAUCCGGAAAUGGAGCCCCGUGCUCAAGAGCGAGGGCAUCACUGCUGUCCUGAUUCAUCCUGGCUGGGUUGGUGACACCGAUAUGGGCAGCUCCAUCGCCGACUGGGUCGCUCAAAAUGCUCCCGAUCUUCGCAGCGUCCCGGAAGAGGAAUCCGCGGAAGGGUGUAUGAAGGUUCUGGGGAAGGCCACUCUAGAGGACGCUGGACUCUUCUACAACUUCGAUGGGACCAAGAUUCCUUGGUAGAUUCUAUGAACUCUCGCUCUUUUCUGAUAGGGAGAGAGGCUUUGUAAUGAAAGGUUCUCGGUAUGAAUCCUGUAGGACAGAAUUUCCUUGGCAUGUCCAAUAUUGAGAACCUCUUGAAAAGAGAGGCUAUACCACAUGUCUCGCAGAUUAUCUACCAGCUGCCUCCCACAUGAGCUCCUUUGCCUCUAGCAUUGACAAAUAGGUUCCUGCAGACCUCAAUUGGAGAUCAAACCUUCCUAACAGCUCCUUGAAUUGACUGAUAGUUUGAGUCCGCACUGGGUCAUUU